ACUCGCGCUAGCUGGUUGGGGCUGUGAUGUAUGCGCUCGCGUUUUGUCGUACGGAAAAUCGGGAUAAUCUGCUUCACUGAUAGAAGAGCUACUCUGUAAAAAGGGAAGUGAUAAGUUAUUUUCGAGAAUUUUAAAUGACAAAAUACGCAGUGGAAAUGAAUGAAAUUGUUUAGUAUCUUUGCACGAAAGACUUAGAUAUGACACAUAGAAAUUAUCUGGAUUCGUCUUGGGCAGGAAAUUGUUAAUUAAGGAAGCAGAAAAUAAUGCAGCAUCAUGUGAAAAAAUGGUGAAAUGAAAUCUCCGUGAGUGGCUAUUCGUCAGCAGAAGUACUAACGAAGGAAAUCUAACGCAAGUUUUGGUUUGUUGAUUGAAGAAUAUCAAGAAAUGUAUUAAAAUGUGUACUAUCUUUAAAAUCAGCAAAUAAUAUAGGGUGCAGUAAGUGUCAACUGUAAUGGAGCUUUGAUUUAACACAACAAUGCGAAGUAAGGCAGGCCAUGUUUGUGAACUGUGACUACGAAAUGUAUCCAGCUUAUAAAAGAUAAAUUAUGCAUAACAAGUGAAAAAUUGUUGGCUAAGCGAAAAAAAUUGUAACCCGCAAGCACUAACAGUGUGAGUAAGUGCAAACCAACAAGAAACCGUGGCGGAUAACCGAGUACAUGGUGGUGCUGAAACAGCCAAGGAGUGCUACAAAGUAUACACAGUACACCGGAGAAAGCCGCAGAAAACGGCGGCCCCUUAAGAGAAGGCCAGGAUAUUUUCAGCUUGAGUUCUUACAGGCGUGCAAUACUAGAUUGGAAACAACAAUUGCAAUGAUGGAUUGGUGAAUGUCUACAUCCAAGGCGAAUGCGAAGGCAGUAGUAGAUGCUCCAGCUCAGUCAGCUAAACUAACGUUUUCAAGCGAAUAAACCGGGUCUCUAAAUCAUCGCACAAUGUCCGGCGGUAAGGAUCGACGGUCGCGAUCUAGCAAAACCCAAGGCUGGGAAGAAGCCGGAGGUGAAUUCUACCAGGAAAGCUACCCUGCCGAUCUGGAAGGUAUGCAGCGAGAUCCCUCCAAAAUAGCGACACUACUGCCAUCGAAGCAGACCAGAAAUGCUACAACUCGACGCACACGCCCAUCGCAUCAGGAUACAAAGGGCACUCGUAGGCGAACUAGCUUUUCCACGGUGGCUAGAAGAGGAUCUCAAUACCAUGAAAUUCAAGUGGCAACCCUUCCCGAUCUAUCAGAAAAUCUCAUCAACGAGGAACGCACAUGGGAAGAAAUACAGGAAAUUAAAUCGAUGCCUGUCCCGAUGGCACAAAAGCGUGAAAUGAAAGCUCAACUACAGAAUGCUACCAAACUACGGCUUCAGGGCUUCGAACAGAUCAAAUGGCGUCGCCGAAAAGCAUGGCAAAGUAUCCGUGGCAAAUGGAGUGAAUACCGUACCAAGCUGGAGCUCUGGCGAAUGUCACUGAAAACGAUAGAAGGCAACUUCGGUACCGGUGUGGUGGCGUACUUCCUCUUCUUACGCUGGCUAAUGUUUCUCAACCUGAUUGUGUUCGGUUUGGUAUCAGCGUUUAUAGUUUUGCCUCAUGUGGUACUCGAGGAGCCUAAAGAUCUACCCUGUGAGCAACAGAUUGACACGACAUCGAUGCAAUGCUGUUCGGAGUCGUACGUUAACACGACAAGAAGUGCGGAGUUUUCGGUACUCGAUUUGAUACAAGGCACGGGAUUCAUGGAGGGCACGCUGCUGUUCUAUGGAAUGUAUACCAAUAUGAUUUACGGAUACAGCCCACUAGAAGAUCGACUAAUGGCGAUUUCUAGAGCAAUCAGACCAACAGCUGUGUUCACGACGACUACAAGCAGUAGCAUAAGUGGUAACUUCGACGGAGAUAGUAGUACCAGAAGUAGUAUUAGUAGUAGCAGCAGUAGUAGCACUAGCACUGCAGAAACCAGCACAACUGUGAUCAGUGCGGUAGUAGGAGAAAUUAGAAGUAAUACCUUUAGUAGCAUCAAUGGCAGCAUUUUCGAAGGGUUCGUGAUGGAAGCAGAGGAAGCUAUCGACCAAAGUAGUUCCGGUAAUUAUUCCGAUACGAUACUGUACUAUGAUUUCCCACUGGUUUACGUGAUAAUUACCGCCAUUUGCUACGUAAUUGCAUUAAUAGCGAUCAUGAAGGCAGUCGUACGGCAGUUUAAGGACAGAAUUGCUGAAGGGGAAGGCCUUUUCUAUCAAUACUGUAACCUAGUCUUCGGAGGCUGGGACUUUUGUAUUCACAACGAAAAGUCCGCUGAUAUUAAACAUAAAGCACUAUAUCAUGAGAUUCGUUCUUUACUUCAUACGAAGCGAUUCGAAAAUGAGCGCAUCAAUCGCUCGCGAGAUUUUAUGAUUAAGCUGAUAGCUAUACGGUUUUUAAUCAAUUUUGUCGUAGUGAUCAUUCUACUGAUAGCCGUAGUAAUAAUUUAUGUAUUAUUCAAUGAAUCGAUGUCGCAAUUGGAUAGAAACUUUCCAUCCAAUCACACUUUAACGGGGGUUCAAUCAUGGUCAUAUUUCUCAUCAUUCCGAUCAUCUUAUAUGAUGGAAAUGACAUCGACUAGCUCAACUCCAGCAUACUACUCCCAAGAAGGAUCCACAACGGAUACUCUAUCUGCUCGGUUGGAAGUACUCUUCUACGAGUUCCUGCCAUACAUAGCGAUUGUGUGUAUGAACCUAGUGGUUCCUCUUUUUUUCAACUAUCUAGUUCAGUUUGAAAAAUAUUCUCCACUGUUUGUGAUCAAAAUCAGUCUCUUCAGAACGGUAUUUCUGAGGUUGUCUUCUCUAGCCGUAUUGUUGAGUCGUUUUUAUUUCCUCGUAAAACCGAAAAAAAUCCAUCAAUUAUCAUACAACGGUACUGAUUUUUCUACCAAUUACACAAUCGAGACGAGCAGUGCCGCGUCGGAACAAUGUUACGAUGUGAAUAGUGGUACGCCUCAGUGUUGGGAAACGUUCGUAGGACAACAAUUCUACAAACUGUUUAUUGUGGAUUUCGUUACGCACUUCCUGGUAACGUUCUUUGUCAAUUUUCCGAGGGCCAUGUUUGCACGGCAUUCUACUAGCCGCAUUGCCAAAUUUCUUGGAGAACAAGAAUUCGAACUAUCCAAACAUGUUCUGGAUGUGAUCUAUUCACAGACACUUUGCUGGCUUGGUACUUUUUACACACCCUUUCUUCCGGCGAUAGCAGCCAUUCUGUUUUUCUUCAUGUUUUAUAUAAAAAAGUUUGCCUGUCUUGUCAAUUCCAAUCCUUCUUCCAUUUUGUAUCGCGCUUCUCGGUCUAACUCACUUUUUAUGUCCACUUUGUUGAUAUCAUUUACGGUGGCAAUCAUCCCGGUUGUUUAUGCAUGGGCUGAAAUUGUCCCAUCACGAUCUUGUGGUCCUUUUCGGGGGCUACCUUCGGUGUGGGACCGUGCGAUCAACGCCUUCAUGAAAAUGCCCCUGUUUUUCCAAAACGUUAUUUUCUACUUCGGUACUGCUUCGUUCGCCGUGCCCUGUUUCGUCAUACUAACCUUCAUAAUUUAUUAUUUUUAUGCCGUAUCGGCAGCCAAUCGACAUAUGGUGUCCGUGUUGAAACAUCAGCUUGUCCUCGAGGGACACGAUAAGCAAUUUCUGCUUAGCCGAUUAAGUUUAUUUAUCAAACAACAGCAGGAAUACCAGAAGCGUAUGAUGCGACAAGCCGCUGAGCAACAGACACCACAAAUGAAUAAUGUGCAGCAUCCGUACAUCCCACCGGUUGCCCCUCCCAAGCCACCUCAGCUGCAACAACAGUUACAACCAGCGGAGCAGCAGCCUCCUUUGCCACCCCGGGCGGAUCGGGACUCUAAACCAAGUAGUCGCGAUCGCGAACGGAAGGAUGGUCAUAGCGGAGAGCCGAAGCAAAGGGAGAACUAAAGCUACUUCAUUGGUCACAGGCAUUCUUCAAUAACAACACACACAUGGGUAGUGGGGAAUAAAUAUGUAGACUGGUUACAAUGAGAUUACCGAAGCGCAAGAUUAGAAUGCCACUAUUCGUCCUCAGGCUUGUUUUCAUUUUACCUACGAUAGUAGAUUUAGGUUAGGAGAUCGCGUUAUUUUCGAUUUAGUGAACAAAUCAAAUUAAGCAAACACGUGAUAUUAUAUUCCACCAUUAUUAAUUUGAAUACUAAUUAAAUUAUUUAUUUUCAUUAGAAAAAUAACGAGUAAAAGGCGAAACCCGGCCGAAUAUGAUUCCCGGAUGUUGUAUGCAAAACGGUUGCAGAUCAGCAGUUCGAUAUUAGUUCAAUAUUUUAAAUUGAAAAAAUUUGUAAAAUUUCUAACUCACUUUAAAAGCGAGCUCACCCGAGAUGCGCAACGCGUUUCUACGAGGGGUACAAAUAAAUAGUCGAUAUACUUUUUUAAAAAUUUGAACAUACGGUUCUUCCAAAUCUGAGUUCAUCAGAUUGCGAAUAGAGUAUCUAGCUCAAUCACAUACUUUCGUUAGUUUUCAAUGCAUGAAAUGGAAAGUAAAAAAUGUUUUAUGUAAAACAAUAACACAGGAAAGAGACUGCCAUUUUGAGCUAGUUGUAACUGGAUAAUUUAAAAUUAAUAAUCCUCAAACCAUAUGCAGUAGAUUAUAAACUAAUAGUGGACUAGAAAAUGAAGAAACUCAAAUCUGUACAUAGCUACAAAAUCGAACAAACUUUAUCCGUCAGUAAACAACCAUCACAAGAAAUAUCUCUAUAUCUCUAAUUAUCCUCACAUCACACAUCGCUCCUUGUAGAUCUUUCAUUUCACGAAAAACUCAGUGUGCAUUACCAUUUCAAAUCGUUAUAAGUACGCCAAGACUUGUUCAAAAAACAAGCGCCGUCUAAGUAUAGCGCUUCGUAGUGCUUUUACUCAGUACAUGAAAACAGAAAUAAUAAUGGUUUAUUUUUGCCCCACAAUAUUCACCUUUACAAGUAAUCACCAACAUACCAGAGGGGCAAACUUCACGUAAGCUUAUGUAGAUGUUUUUUUUACAAAUCAUAGAUAAACAAACCGGUUAGAAUAAUAUAUAGAAGUAAAGCACAUCAAAACAAUAGGAUUUCAAUACCAAAACAAUGCUCCGAUUCUCGUCCGCCAAAUGACCAUUUUUCUAGAUUCUAUGAGACUAUUUGUUUACAAAUUUAAAUGAAAAUCAUUGAACCAAUCACAAAAAGAAGUAACAAAAAAUAAAACUUUGUUUUAAACUAUCAGAA